AUGAUGGACAGCGACCGAAAAGAAUGCACCACAAAGAUGUGCCGCAGUGUGACGAGCUUACACAUCCUCCUACUACCGCUGACAAUCGCAUCCACGAUGGCCAUAACGACAGCCCCGAUUCGAAAUCCCGCCGGUGACAACCGAUUACCGGCCGGCUCAACGGCAACCAGUAGAAAGGAGAAACGUGGCAUUUUUGGAUUCGGGGCGUACGCCCCUGCCGCACCGGUUUACGGACACGCGUUUGCCCACGCACAUGCCAUACCGGCGGCUUUUCCGGCGCCUGCUCCCCUACCGCUGGGUCCGGAUCCAGAUGGCAUUGUGGUACCGGCUGGUCCACUGGAUGGGCCCUUUCUAGGAGCGCACGCUCAUACGCACACGGUGGUCACGAAAAAAAUCGGCGUCCCCAUUCCGCAGCCGUACGCAGUGCCGGUCGAUAGGCCAUUCCCGGUGCCAGUGAAGGUUCACGUACCAGUACCGGUGGAUCGUCCCUAUCCGGUGGCCGUACCGAAACCUUUUGCCGUCCCGGUAGAUAGACCCUAUCCAGUUCCGGUGGAUCGGCCGUACCCAGUGCCGGUGGCUCACCCGGUGCCGGUACCCGUUGUUAAACAUGUCGGUGUGCCAGUGCCAUCACCCGUCCCGGUAGCUGUUCCCAAACCAUUCCCGGUUCCAGUGCACGCACCGGUGGUCGGCCCGGACCCGUGGGUCGCUGCCAAGCUGUGGUGAAGCGGCUAGCGAUGGUCUAGCUUUGCUUCAACAUUUGCGAAACUAGAACG